AGUUUUGCUACCACCUGGCAAUGAAGCCACAUUCAGUUUUGAUGCUCUACCUAGGAGUGCUGCUUCUCCCUGUAUCUGAAGGCAAUGGGCUUCCGGAGGUCAAGUCCCGCGACCGCCGGUUCUUGCUGGGAAACAUUUUUGAUUGGAACAACCCUCCUUCCAGGGACAAUGAGGUCCCAGCAUCCCAUGACUCCUCUGUGGUCGAGCCAGAAUUGUUUUGCCAAGGCGGCUGCCUUGAUGGCUGGAUGAGUUACCUGGACCAGUGCUACAUGUUUGUUCAGAAACGAGAGACGUGGGAAGAAGCUGAGAGAACUUGCCAACGCAAAGUCACAGGUGGACAUCUGACCAGUGUCUCGAGUGCAGAACACAAUGACUUCCUUGUGAGUCUGGCAACUUACCAUGGACAACAGACGGCCCAGUUCUGGACAGGAGGAAGCCACCGAAAGGGGUCUUCGCUAGAAUGGACGGAUGGCUCUGGGGCAAAUUUCCUUCAGCGUCCACUGAGCUCAAUCCUUCAUGUUUUUGGGGAAGCAAUUAACAGUUUUCUGCACAGUCGCAUCUGCUUAAAGAUAAAUCUAGGAGGCCAGGGUAACUGGGACGGCUCUGAUUGCAAAAAGAAACUACCCUUCGUCUGCAGCUACAAACCCAAUCUGACACCCCCAUAAUCGCAACAGAAGAAUAAUGCAACCUCUUCUACUGAACCUGCUUUAACAAACACG